AUGUCGGCGUGGUGGCGGUGGCUGCCGGGGCUGCUGUGGGGCGGCGCGGGGGGCUACGUGGUGGUCAGCUCGGUGUCCUGGCCGCUGCCCGAGGCGGCGGCGGCGGCGGGCGAGCUGCACAGCUCCUCCACCGAGGAGGCGCUGCCCGCCCUGCUGGAGGAGCCGAGCGGGCUGUGGGAGCAGAGCUUCCCCGCCUCGGCUUACCGGGAGGACGCGGGGCCGGCGGCGAGGCGCCCGGGGCAGGGGGUCGCCCCGACCGCCAUGUUCUCCUACCGGCGGCACGGCCGCACCGCCGCCGCCGGCCGCUUCCUCGCCCGCCACAACGCCUGGGGCUUCGUGGCCGCCCACGGAAAGAUCCAAGGUAUGCCCUUUGGGAACUGUUUGCUUAUCAGUGACGGUCCUGUCAAUAACAGCACUGGAAUCCCUUUCUUUUACGUGACACCGAAGGAUAAUGUUGUGGCGGAUCUCCUGAAGGAUCCUGUGGCCUCUCUGACCCUGCCAGAGGCGGAUGGAAAUUUCUGCAGAAAAAAUGUAGUUGAUCCGGAGGAUCCAAGGUGUGCCAGACUGACUCUCACAGGACAGAUGGUCACGGUGCCUCCAGAGGAAACGGAAUUUGCCAAGCAAGCAAUGUUUUCUAGGCACCCAGUGAUAAGAAAGUGGCCUCGUAGCUAUGAGUGGUUCUUCAUGAAAAUGAACAUUGAGCACAUCUGGCUUCAGAGCUGGUAUGGAGGAGUUUCUGCCAUUCCAGUAGAAGAGUAUUUAAAAGCAGCUCCAAGUAAAGCUUGA